AUGGAUUGUUCCCCCCUGAUCAAUAAGAUAUCUGAGCAAUUCCAAUGUUGGCAGAAGAAGAAAGCUCUGUCCUAUGCUGGUAGACUGCAACUUAUUAAAUCAGUUAUACUGGGUAUCCAUCUCUUUUGGACAAGCAACUACAUACUGCCAGUCAAAGUCUUAGAGAAAAUUGAUAGUUUAUGCUCUGAUUUUCUAUGGAAUGGCAAAAUUCAUCUUGUGUCCUGGUCAGAUAUCUGUCAAAGUAAAAAACAUGGUGGGCUGGGAAUAUAUGCUGCUAAAUUCUGGAAUCAAGCUGCAGCUUUGAAGUUGCUAUGGUUGAUUCACUUGAAGAAAGACAUGCUAUGGAUUAAAUGGGUUCAUGAGAACUACCUAAAGCAAACUAGCAUAUGGCUAGUUCAGGCCAAAGUUAAUGACUCUUGGAUGUGGAAACAGAUAAUAAAAAUCAGGGAUAAGAUGAUUGGAAAAUUUGACAGUGUGACAAAUCUGCAGAAUAUCAUUGCAGUGAAUUGUUCUAAUAGCAAGGAAAGGCUAUGUCGCAUGAGGGUGCUUGACACAAACACCUGCACUCUAUGUUCUCAUCAGCAGCCGGAAACUUGCAAACAUCUAUUUUUUGAAUGUGAUUAUUCAGUUUACAUAUGGAAUAGAGUCAUGGACUGGCUGAAUUACAAAUGGAGAUCUUGUUCCUGGGAUAAUGUUGUUGAUUGGUAUACCUUGAGGUUAAAGGGUGAGGGAUUUAUGAAGAAGCUUAAGAGAAUGGCUUUGUAUGUUUCAGUCUAUGCUAUAUGGCAAGAGAGAAAUCGGAGGAUCUUCCAAUCCAUUGCAAGAGGGCCUGAACCUGUUUUUAGAUCUGUGAAGAUUACUAUUCUAUCAAAAAUUCUAAAUGAUGACAUACCUGUCUAUAUAAAGGAAAAGAUAGAGCAUAAGUAA